CCCCCCCUCCCUUUCCCACCGCUAUACAAGCCGAGGCCAGCCCCUGCAUCUCGCUGGUUCGUCCCCUCCCUUCCUCGACUGGUAUGGCUCUCCCGCCCAUCAGCGCCAACUCCAUUCCCCUCCUCAAGGACAAGCCAUACCUCCAGCCAACCCUGCUGGUGUGCUUCGCCCGGCUGUCUAACAAGUCCGCCAACGGGAGCAGUUCCUACCAGACUAUUGUCAGUGACUCGGUCUACAAGACUUCCGGUAUCGUCAGCUUCCCCGACUCGGUUGACCUCCAGCCGUUCACCCUCAUCCAGGUCGUCCAGUUCUACUUCAUCAAGGCGUCCUCCUGCUUCCGCCUCGUCAUCUCCCAGGCCAACGUCCUCGGCGUCUACCCCGAGAAGAUCGACCACACCACCCUCAUCAUGCACCGCUUCCAGCUUGACGACGAGCCGGCCGCCCCGGGCCCGGCUGCCCAGGCCGCGACCACUCCCACCCCCCACCAGCAAUACCAGCAGCAGCCGGGCUACCAGCAGCAGCAGCAGCAGCAGCAGCAGCCCGGCGGCAAUGUGUCGGCCCGCGGUCGCCCGGCUGGUGCGCUCAAUGCCCCGCCCCAGCACGGCGCCGCCGGUGGCCAGACCUACCAGCCGAUCGCGUCCAUCUCGCGCUUCCUCAACAAGUGGACCAUUUGCGGCCGGGUGACCGUCAAGUCGCCGGUGAAGCACUGGUCCCGGCCGGACGGCCGCGAGGGGCAGCUCUUCUCCUUCAAUCUGCUGGACUCGUCGGGUGAAAUCCGCUGUACCGCCUUCAACGAGACGGCCGAGUACCUGAACCAAGUGAUCGCCGUGGGCAAGGUCUUUUCCGUGUCGCGCUGCCGUGUGGUCGAUGCCAAGAAGCAGUUCUCCGGCCUGGCACACAACUUCGAGAUCAGCAUCGACAAUUCGUCGGACGUGGUGGAGCAGGACUCCGCCGACUCCAGCAUCCCCCAGGACAGCAUGACCUUCGUCAAGUAUUCCCAGCUGCCGGAGACGGAGAAGAACACCAAUGUCGAUGUCAUCGGUGUCAUCCGCCGGGUGGAGGCCCCGGUGGAGAUUGUCUCCCGCGCCAAGAACCGCACCUUCAUCAAGCGCGACGUGGAGCUGGUCAAUGACGAGCUCAUUUCCGUCAUCCUGACCGUGUGGGGCGAAACGGUGGAGCAAUUUUCCGAGAGCAGCAUCGGGUCCAUUGUGGCCGUCAAGAGUGCCCGUGUCGGGGACUUCGGCGGCCGGUCCCUGUCCGUGGGGUUCGCCUCGUCGGUGCUCUUUAAUCCCAACUCCCCGGCCGCCGAGCGCCUGAUGACCUGGUGGAAGACCGUCGGCGAGGGGGCCUCCUUCGUGUCGAUCUCCUCCGAUGGCGGCGGGUCCGGCGGGGGCGCCGGCUCGCGCGUGCCCAGCAACCUCGCCACCCGGCCGCUGUGUGCCCUGCGGGACGAGCAGAUCGGCGAGAGCGGCCCCGAGGUGGUGGCCGUCAAGGCCACCGUCACCGUCGUCAAGACCGACGGCACCCUCCUGUAUGCCGCCUGCCCGAACACCACCACCUGCCGCGGCAACAAGGUGAUCUCCGAGGCGCCGGGGCAAUUCCGCUGCCCCAACUGCAAUGUCGUUCACGCGACCCCGGCCCAUCGUUUUAUUCUCCCCCUCAGCAUGGCCGACAUGACCGGGUCCAUUUGGGCCACGUCCUUCGACAACACUGCCACCCUGCUGACCGGCACCACGGCCGAUCAUGUGGAGGAGCUGCGCACCGCCGGCGACAUGUCCUUCGUCACCUACUUCAAGAACUUCACCUUCCGCGAGUUCAACUUCGUCCUGCGCGCGCGGCUGGACUCCCUCAAUGAGGAGAUGCGCGUCCGGUGCCACAUCAACGCCGUGGAGCCGGUGAACUUCCGCAACGAAUCCCUCAAGACCCUGGAGCUGAUCAACCAGUAUUCCCUGUGAGGGCAUCCUCCCUGCCCCCGCGCCCUUCCCGCCGGGCCGCCGGCCGUCUCCCUCCCCUCCCUGUGAGCCGGAUCGUGCCUCGGCCUCGCUCAAAAUAAACCCCCCGUGCUGA